AGAAAGAACAGAUAAAUCAUAGAGAAGGGAAGAGAGGGAUAGAUCCCAAAUUACGCCUUGCACUAUGGCGUCCUCCGAAUCAGCCACAGAGCCAAAGUGCUUCCUCGAGCCCAUCAACUUCCGUGACGAAGCGCAGUGCACCGAACUUCUCCGCCAGCGCAAAAUCUGCGGCUGGGCGGACACACCAGACUACCUCGAUGUGUGGCGCACGGCCAUGGACGCCGGAACCAAGAACAUGUUCUGGAUCAAACCGGCAUCCCACCCGGACCUGCGCGUCGGCCACGUGUCCCUCGACUCCGACUCCGAGCCAGCCGACCUGGAAGUCGCCAACCCGCACGACAAAUCCGUGCUCACGGUCGCGCGGCUAUUCAUCCUGCCCGAACACCGAAACCUGAAGCUUGGGCGGGCCGUAAUGGAGACGAUGGAGCGGGUCGCGAGGGAGGAGCCGUACGGGUCCAAGAACUGCAGGGCUCUUGCUAUCACGACGCUGAGCAACAGGUACUAUGACGAGGAAGAGUACCGGGCCGAGUAUGCGCGUGCCAAUGAUGGCCGGAUGCUGCCGAGAGGGGCGGGCAACGAGAACUGGUAUCUAAGAAUGGGCUACGUCAAGUGGAAGGAUGCGCCCCUUUAUGAAGUUGGGACCCCUGGAUUUGAGGAUGUCAAGUUGAUCGCUGCUUUUAUGCGGAAGAGCAUUGUAUAACGAAGAGUCACAAGAUAGUGAGCUGGCCAUGGCUUGAGAGAAGUCGAGAAAUAAAGUAGGCGGCAAUGGGCUCUCGACAUAAACAUCUUCAUCAUGAAUAG